CCUCACCAGCUCGAACCGAAGCAGAAGCAAAGCAAUCACUCCCACUCCACAGAAACCGCCUCGCCUCCAGUUCCUCCUCUCGCGCGACCGCUGCGGAUAUGAAUCUCGCCGCUCGCGUCCGUCGCUGCUAAACCAUCGAUCGACGCCGAACCACGAUGAUGACGAUUCGGGCCGCGAACGGCUGCUCCUCCGUGCUCCGCUCCCCUCCUCCUCCUCCUCUCCGCGCCUUGCGCCGCCUCUGCUUCUGCCCCCGUGCUGGGACGCCCCGGGCGUCCUCCCUUGCGGCGGCGGCGGCGGCGGCGCUCCGGUGCGAGCGGACCUCGUCCGGGCAUGGCGGCGGCGGCGCUCGGAGGUAUUGCGUCCACAGCCUCGUCGAGAGCGUCAUCGAGGAGAUUAGGGAGUCGCGCCGGCGGAGGCACACCUGCUCUGCUUCCAAAAUGGCCCUCACCAGCAGUGGCGAACUUUUGGAAGAUAAGCUAGUAAACCGAGCACUCCAGAAAGGGUUGCUGCUGGAGUUCAAAAAAGAUUCCGAGAAAGUAUUGUUGGCGGUCACUCAGAGGCCCGAUGGCAAGAAAAAUUGGAUGGUUUCCGAUCAGAAUGGCGUCACAUCAUCAAUCAAGCCACAGCAGAUUACUUUUAUUGUUCCCGGUGUUGAAAAUUUUGACCAGAAAGAAAUUUCAGACUUUUUACAGAGGGCUGAGGAUAACUUGGACCCAACAUUGCUCGAAUUCGCUUGGGUUGAGCUUCUGGAGAAAAAUAAGUCAGUAACAGCAGAGGAAUUGGCGGAGAUGAUCUUCGGCAGUUCAGAACCCUUGGAGAGCUAUUGUGCACAUCUUUUUCUCUCAAAGGAUGAAAUUUACUUCACAGUCCUUGAAGCAAAAGGCUCACGUAGAAUUUAUGGUCCUCGGCCUGCUGCACAGGUGGAAGAACAGAUGCGUAGGAAGCUUGCACGAGAAGCAGCUGAGAAGGAAAUUGAGGAGUUUGUUCAGUUGUUGACAUCUGCUAAGUUGAUGCCCUUCCCUGCCAAACCUCGGAAAUCUUCAUGGCUUACGGAAGAGAAAAUUCGAAAGAAAAUAGAGUCUCUUGAAUGUUACGCAAUUGAUGCAUGCAAAAAUGAUGAGCAGAGGAAAUUAGCAGGCGUGAUCCUGAAGGCAAUGGGACUGACAAAAACAGCAUCAUCGGCAAUGAAUCUUCUCGUAGAUAUUGGCUAUUUCCCUGUACAUGUCAAUCUCGAUCUGUUAAAACUGAAUAUCCCUACCGUUCAUUCAGAGGAGCUAAUAUCAGCUGCUGAGAUUCUUUUAUCACAGUCAGUUGACAUUGAUGAGACUGAACGGAAAGAUCUUACUGACCUGAAGGUGUAUGCAAUCGAUGUUGAUGAGGCUGAUGAGCUUGAUGAUGCCUUGAGUGCAACAAGAUUGCUGGAUGGCCGAAUCAAAGUCUGGAUACAUGUUGCGGACCCAGCCAGAUUUGUACGACCGGGGAGCAUAGUUGAUAGGGAAGCGAUGAAGCGGGGAACUUCUAUUUUCUUGCCUACGGCCACCUAUCCAAUGUUCCCUGAGAAACUUGCUAUGGAGGGAAUGAGUUUGAAACAAGGAGAGGUCUGCAAUGCUGUUAGUGUUUCUGUUGUCCUGCAUUCUGAUGGAAGCAUUGCAGAAUUUGCAGUUGAUAAUUCUAUCAUCAAACCAACAUAUAUGCUUACCUACGAGAGUGCGUCUGAGCUGAUUCAUCUGAACUUAGAAGAGGAGAUUGAACUGAAAAUUCUAUCAGAAGCAGCUGCUCUUCGAUUGCGAUGGCGUCGACAACAGGGUGCAAUAGACACGGCAACUCUGGAAACGCGCAUAAAGGUGCCUGAUCCUGAUGAGCCAGAACCAGAAAUUAAACUCUAUGUGGAAGACCAAGCUGACCCUGCCAUGAGACUUGUCUCUGAAAUGAUGAUACUCUGUGGCGAAGUUAUAGCCUCCUACGGUUCUCAAAACAACAUUCCCUUGCCUUACAGAGGGCAGCCACAAUCGAACAUUGAUGUAUCUGCAUUCUCACACCUUCCAGAAGGACCAGUUAGGAGUUCUGCUUUGGUCAGGAUUAUGCGUGCUGCAGAAUUUGACUUCGGGAAGCCUAUACGCCAUGGCAUUCUUGGAAUUCCUGGUUAUGUUCAAUUUACAUCUCCUAUCCGUAGAUAUAUGGAUCUUCUUGCUCAUUAUCAGUUGAAGGCAUUUCUUCAAGGUGAAUCUCUCCCUUUUUCAGCUGGACAGCUUGAAGGGAUUGCUUCGACUGUAAAUAUGAAUGCUAGGCUUGCUAAGAAGAUCUGCAACACAAGUCUUCGUUAUUGGAUACUGGAAUUUUUGAGAAGGCAACCAAAGGAAAAGAAAUAUCAUGCACUGAUUCUAAGAUUUAUUAAAGACAGAAUUGCAGCAUUAUUGUUGGUUGAGGUUGGACUUCAAGCUUCAGCAUGGGUGUCUCUGGGGAAGGACAUUGGGGAUGAAAUAGUAGUUCGGGUGGAAGAAUCUCAUCCACGGGACGAUUUUCUUUCUCUCAAGGAAGUCAUUUGAGGUAUAUAGAGAUAUAUGUUUGAUGGCUAUCAACACCUUUUCGUCACAUAGGGGUCCAUGACUGAUUAUCGAGGAUUAGGAACCCAAAGCUAGCAAACCUCAGCAUGAUAAAUAGCAUGGAUGACUCACUUUACAUAUAAUGAGCUUUCGUGGGCAAAACAUCUUUUGAACGAGUUUCUUCACAUUGCUGUGCUUUCUGGAUGGGUGCUUUGAAGUAAUGAGCAGAAGCGGGCUGACAUCAAGAGUUUGAUUGUCUUUGCAUUUGGUAACUCAUCUUGAUCCAUCAGGACAAUGAAAGAAAAUUUGCCUUGCGUUGUCUCGUAUGCUUCUCUCUUCCAACGGGUGAUGGCAUUCUUUAUUCAUUCCUAAAAGUGCAUCUGGUGGUAAAUUGGCUCCUGAACUUCUGCGGUUGAAAGAGGUAGUUGGGUGUGGGGAAAGUCGACUGCAAAUUUUGGCAAGCGAGAUUUGGAAAGUCCGUUUCUUCUUUUGUUGUAUCGAUUCUGUAAUAUACAGCAAUAGAUGUAAGCAAAAGGAGAACAAGUGGAGAAAGCCAAGCAAAGCUAUUUUCAUUAUUCUUCCCAGGGCUUUUUAAGUCUUCUGGAAUGAAGUUCUCUCCCAAACUCCUUUUCCCCAAUGACAUGAACAAUUGCGACAUAUAUACUUGUGAACUGGCCUUUUGAAUCUCUUUUGUGAUUUUUAUAGGGUCUUUUGAGAUCGGUGCAAACAUAAAGAAUACAUGUUCUACUUGUUC